AUGAAGGUGAGGCUAGUCUGUGACCAACAGAAACCAACCCACAGAAUCAGACACUGUUAGGACACAGUUCAAUGCAGGGACACAGACAAACCGAAGCACAUAGGCCUACUGCACAGACAGCCACUUCGAGCCAGACAGACACAUCAAGCCAUUCAGACAGUGAAACAGCAGGGAGUCGAGGCAAAGCGGCAGUCCCAAGUCCAGGAUAUUAUUUUUAGCUCUGACGAUAAAGCAGCAGUCUUGCUGUUGACGCUCAGUUCAAGCCAGGGAAUACAGGAGAGAGAGCGAGGAAGAGAGGGAUGACAGUGCCAAGAGGGAGGAGGAGAGGAGGAGGAGGGGGCGAAGAGGAGCGAGGUGGCCUUCACUUCCAGAAAAGGACAUUGAGUUGGAAGAGAAGGAUCUUAGAAUACAGGAUGCAGAGACCAUGAGAGAGGAGGGGAAGGCAAGAGACAGAGAGAGAGACGAGAGGAGGGAAAUCAGAAGUCAAUCUGAUUAUUUAGAAUGAAAUGUCUGCAGUAGUAGCCCCUCUCCCUUCAGACAGUAAUUCAUGAACACAGAGCCUAUAAGUAAAUGGACGCGCUAAAUGGAAAGCUAAAUAUUAUGAAUGCUAUUUUAGGGAUGUGUGUUCUGUUUGUGUUAUUGCUAUGGCAGGAAUCCCACUGACCAUUUCACAGCUGUUAGCGAGGGGAUGAUAGGUUGUUUUCUUGCACGUUCAAAUAUGUUUGUUUGUUUUCAUGUACUUGACAGGUGCUAGUGAGGAGAUGAUAGUUGUUUUCUUGCACAUCUUUGUUUUGUAGUUUGUUUGUUUUGCAAUAUGGCCUCGCCUCAGGUCAUGACCUUUGGUUGUUGUCCUAUUCAGACUAUAGCGUGAUGUUGAAUGAUGCGUAAGAGACCACAAGUGGCAAGGUCAACAGAGGUCAAAAUGACCACUAAAAGAACAAUGCUUACUUUGUUCUUUUAAUGAUGACAAUUGUUAGGACAGCUGCUAUUUGGGAAAUUACUAAGCUAUAAAUGAAUAGUCACUCAGCGGUUCAUAAUGGUAUAUUAUUUGCUUAUUUGCCAUUAUAAACUGGUUGGUUCGAGCCCUGAAUGCUGAUUGGCUGAAAGUAUACCACGGGUAUGACAAAACAUUUAUUUUUACUCUUCUAAUUAUAAUAAAAAAUGCCAUUUAGCAGACGCUUUUAUCCAAAGCGACUUACAGUCAUGCGUGCAUACAUUUUUGUGUAUGGGUGGUCCCGGGGAUCGAACCCACUACCUUGGCGUUACAAGCGCCGUGCUCUACCAGCUGAGCUACAGAGGACCACAUGUUGGUUAUGUUGGUAACCAGUUUAUAAUAGCAAUACGGCACCUCUGGGGUUUGUGGUAUAUGGCCAAUAUACCACGGCUAAGGGCUGUAUCCAGGCACUCCGUGUUGCGUCGUGCAUAAGAACAGCCCUUAGCUGUGGUAUAUUGGCCAUAUACCACACCCCCUCGGGCCUUAUUGCUUACUGUAAGUAGCCAACAGAGGGCCCAGUCAGUAGCCUAGUUUGUAUAUAUAUGUGUGUGUGUAUGUGCAUGUUUGCGUGCAUGUAUGUGCAUGUUUGCGUGCGUGUGUGUGUGCUUGCGUCCGCGUGUGUGUGGCUGUCUGCGUGCGCGUCAGCAUACAUAUCUGUGUGUGUGUGUGUGCAAGCAUGUGUUUUUCCCAGUGGGAUACUCUGCCGGAGCCAGGGAUUUCUGCAGCAUCCGCCAUGCUGGGCCAAUGGCAGCAUGGCAGAUGCUGCAGAAGUGUUUUAUAGGCUGAGGUGGGUGUUGUCUCCACUCAUGCAGAUGGAACUAUAUUCUGCUAGCGCCAUCUAGUGGUGGUAGGUGUUUAAUUACAUAAAACAUGGUUGCUUGGUGGUAAGGAGGGCUGACUGACUGAUAUAGUGCUCCAGUAUUGGCCCUGUUGUUGACGGCACUGUUUCCUGACUGAUAUAGUGCUCCAGUAUUGGCCCUGUUGUUGACAGGACUGUUUCCUGAUUAGUAUAGUUUUCCAGUAUUGGCUUUGUUGUUGACAGGACUGUUUCCUGAUUAGUAUAGUGUUCCAGUAUUGGCUCUGUUGUUGACAGGACUGUUUCCUGAUUAGUAUAGUGUUCCAGUAUUGGCUCUGUUGUUGACAGGACUGUUUCCUGAUUAGUAUAGUGUUCCAGUAUUGGCUCUGUUGUUGACAAAGAACUGUUUCCUGAAAGCAUGCUCCCAAUAAUAAGUCUCAGGUUUUUGUAUAUUGUCACGCUCGUUGAUAGACGGAUCGGACCAAGGUGCAGCGUGGUAUACGUACAUAUUCCUUUAUUAACUGAAUACAAAUCAAACCAACAAAAUACAAACGAACGUGAAGUUCAACAGGCUGCACAACCACAAGCCAAAACAGAAACAAGAUCCCACAACUAAGGUAGGCAAAAAUGGCUGCUUAAGUAUGAUCCCCAAUCAGAGACAACGAUCGACAGCUGCCUCUGAUUGGGAACCACACCCGGCCAACAUAGAAAUACAAAAUCUAGAAUUCACACCCUGACCAAACCAACUAGAGAAAACAGAGCUCAAGGUCAGGGCGUGACAUAUAUGCAUUGUCUCCUGAAAGGUUUUUGUCAUAGGUUUCAAGUUUAGUGUAUGGUGAAAGUAUGAACCCAUGCCUCUUGAAUAUAGCCCUAAGCACUCUAAAUCCAUAGUUUUUUUUGUACAACAGUAGGAGAAUAGCACUGAACACUGUUUAAGCUGUGGGUAUGUUCUCACUGAUGAAAACCUUUGGGUUGCCCAAUAAAACGAACUGCUUGAGCAUUCAACAGUGUGCAGGUAUCGAUCUUUGCAACUUGAUCUCACAACCGAACGCUCUCACUGAUGUCUAACCUGCCUUCUGUGUAUUCUUGUGUGUCUACAGGACCGUAAGCUGACCAAGGCGGAGCAGCAGCGUUUUAAGGAGGAGGCAGAGAUGCUGAAGGGCCUCCAGCACCCUAACAUUGUCCGUUUCUAUGACUCCUGGGAGUCAGUGCUGCGAGGGAAGAAGUGCAUUGUCCUGGUCACCGAACUCAUGACCUCGGGAACACUCAAAACGUGGGUAGAAGACAUGCACAGAUACAUACACACACCCCUGCUCAGCUCCAAGUAGCGUUACACCAAAGAGAUGACAGCUCCUGGAAAUUGUUACCAGUGAGUUGGCGGAUCAUGGUGCGUUCACGAGGAUGUUGAUGUUCUACCUGUAGAAAUCGGGUCGCACUUUCAACUUUCAUAUAGUUGUUCCACAUAAACCAUAUGUCAUAAUGCUGUAUAGUUAUAACCAUGCUCUCGUCUACUGUCCUGUCUGCAGGUACCUGAAGCGCUUCAAGGUGAUGAAGCCCAAGGUCCUGAGGAGCUGGUGUCGUCAGAUCCUGAAGGGCCUCCAGUUCCUCCACACACGGACCCCUCCCAUCAUCCACAGGGACCUCAAGUGUGACAACAUCUUCAUCACCGGCCCUACCGGCUCCGUCAAGAUAGGAGACCUGGGAUUGGCCACUCUCAUGAGGACCUCCUUCGCCAAAAGUGUCAUAGGUAACUAGCGGACAUCAGUUUCUGGAGCCAUUUAUCAGUUGUUUUCUUAUGUUAUGUUGUGGGAAUGGUAUUUGAAUGGGUCAUAUAGGUAUGUCAGAGCUCUUGUGAGUAAGACUUGAGCUAAUGGACCUUGAGCUAAUGGACCCCUGUGUUGUGGGAAUGGCUUUUAUAAUCUGUGGUCACUCUGCUACAAUGUGAAUAUCUUAUAAGCUGCCCCAACUCUCCAAGAAGGCAUCAUCAGCUUAGUACAGUCUCUGCGGUGAUAAUUCUUGCCCUUAGGACAAGCUCUAUUGCACUAAAUGCCACUCGAAGUUCAUGUUAAGAGCUAAUCUGUGGUCUGUAUUUACAGUAAGUGUGGACCCUAUAGAUUCCUGAGUAACCUUCUUCAAAAAUAAUGUAUACUGUGGGUACUCCACUACUGACAGAGGCGGUUAGAGAUCAAAAUGGUAUUCAAUAAACACAGGUUGCCCAGGUUGAGCAUCACUGUCCAAGCAUAACUAUGAUGGCAAUCUUGAUGCUUAUUUCACCAAUUUCGGUCAUUUAGGUCUCAAAAGAUCUUCAUCAGGGUAUUUAAGGUGUGCGACUUUACCUUUUCAAUUGAUUGAUAUGCCCUGUCUUCCAGGUACUCCUGAGUUCAUGGCUCCAGAGAUGUAUGAGGAGCAUUAUGAUGAGUCUGUGGAUGUCUAUGCCUUUGGGAUGUGCAUGUUGGAGAUGGCCACCUCAGAAUACCCCUACUCGGAGUGCCAGAACGCUGCGCAGAUCUACCGCAAAGUCACCAGCGUAAGUCUGGGACUGUCGUCCCUUUGGGCUUGUCCCUUUGUGGCAUAAGUUCCCUUUUCCCUACUUUUACUAGAUCUUUCUGUCUAGAAUUCUUCAUAAAAGUCCCUUUGGCCGAGUCUGUCGUUUCCCGACUUGCCCUUGAUUUUCUCGCCAACCUCCCUCAGAUUCAGUAAAUUACUAAAUAUACUGUAUAUGUGACAGUACAUUAACUGUGGUCAGGGUUUCUUCAUUACUGCUUAAUGAUUAACUCUCUGAAGUAGUACAGGAGUCCCAUCUAAAGUAUAUUACUGUCCGUGUAGGACGGAGGUGUCCAUCAUCUAUAUUAUUGUCUGUUCAGUCACCUCACCUGCCCCCUCUCUCCCUGUCUGUCUACAGGGUAUAAAACCAGCCAGCUUCGAUAAAGUCAACGACCCAGAGAUCAAAGAGAUCAUUGAGUGCUGCAUCCGCCAGGACAAGAGUCAGAGGCAAGUGGUUUGA